UAUAUUUUACUAAAUCUAACUUGCCUCGUAAUUAAUAAUUAUCUCAUCGAAGAAGAAAUAUAUGAGUUCUCAUUUCACCAAACAGGACUUUAGGGACAGCCAAACCCCUUGCAGCAGUUGACCCCUUGUAUUCCAAGGAAUCUGACCAUUUCACAUAUUCGCGCCGCGGAGGGUCCAGAAUGAGGCCCCGACUUCGUACUUUAGCCGCCCAUGAAGCUGGAAUAGUUAUCGAGAUCUGCGAGAUGUGGUGUAAGUAAGACUGGUAAGCAGGCCGCCACUCAGGUCACUCAGGUUGGUUCAGCUUCGUUUGUUCUUUCUUAAAGACCAUGUGAAAGCCCUUUAUAAAUCACCAAGCUAUUAUUACCUUGUUACAUUCAGCGAGAAGUCAUUAUUGUAUACAAUCAACUAUAUCUGUAUGCCUACCACUCCUACGGUACCUGUAGUCACCUAUCGACCUUUUCUUAGACCUUUUCAGUGAAACAGAAUUCAAUUCGUAGAGCGCUGGUUGCUCUUAUAACAGUCUUAAGCGUAUAGUUGCUGGACGUUCAACUUUUCCUCUUUCUUAUAUACAGGACUCAAAGUCCUCAACCAUCUCGAUGGUAGCCUCAAUCCCAACCCUACCAUUCUCAGCCCUAUCCCACUCAGGCUCCAGAAUAAUAUCCCUUCUCUCAUCCUUCCUCAUCCUCCCCCAUCUAGCCACCAGCCAAUCCGUAUACACCACAAUCGUAGUAACCGUCGCGCCGCCCAUCCCCAGCGACGCGCCCUCCUUCACCGACCACGACACAUUCACCUCCGCCAUCCUCAACAGCACGAACUUCUACCGCACCACCUACAACGCCUCCAACGUGCGGUGGAACUCGACCCUCGAAUCAUUCGCCUCGUCCUACCUCUCCGCGCACGCAUCUUCCAAACUAAAACUCAAGCGCGACAACGACAAUAGCAACGACCGAAGUAAUAUCGCCAACGCCAGCACCCCUGCAGAGCUAGAAAUCAGAGACGACAAAACCUGCCACAUGGCCCACAGCGGCGGCCCCUACGGCGAGAACCUCGCGAUCGGGUGCUCGGACGCGGCGUCCUGCGUCGACAUGUGGGGGUCCGAGGUGUCCUCCUACGACUACGCCGACCCGGGCUUCGGCGAGUCGACGGGUCACUUCACGCAGCUGGUGUGGCGCGACACGACGGACGUCGGGUGCGGCGCCGUCCUGUGCGCGGGAAACGGGGGCUGGUACCUCGCGUGCGAGUACUGGCCGCGCGGGAACAUUAUUGGCGAUUUCAAGGACGAGGUUGGGGAGAAGGUUAGUGGGGCGCCGCCGGCUGGGUUGGGGGGAGGUGUAAGGAGGAGGGGGGGAUGGGGUGUGGUUGAGGGGGUGGUGGUUUUGGCGACGGGGUUGGCGUGGUGGGGGUUGGUGUGAUUUAUAUGUGUGUUAGGGGCGUGAGAUGGAAUAUUGUUGUAAAAAUGGGAUGUUUUGGCGAUAUAAUGAGACACGAUGUAUGAUUCUAUAUACUGACAUAUGACUUGGGGUGGAAUUGUACAAAUAGGGGGGCUGACUUUGAAUGGAAGGGGAUUGGGGAUUGGGAAUUG